CUGGCCGCCGCAGCUGCGUCGGUCCUUUUGCACAAAGUCGGGGCCCAGGAGAAAUCCAGCAUGCCUUUGAUGAGGCCUCCGUCUGCCCCUUCUUUCCCACCCCCUUUCGCGCACACACAUCCACGCACGCACAUGGAUGACAGGCAGACACAUGUGCAUCGCUCCCCCUCCACCAUUCAAGACCCUCCCCGCUACAUAUCAUCAUGAUCAUGCAUGGGCACCUACGCACCGAGAGAGCUACUUAGUUCCGCAGGGGCUGCAUCGCUGCUGAAGAGAACCAACACACAAGAGAGAGACACAGGUGAGGGGCGGAUGGCACACAGUGUUGGCCUCCCCUGCCUACCAAGAAACUACACAUACCCGGGGGGCGUGUGGCGCCCGACAUGUACCGCACGGCAGGCGGCACCGGAUACUGCAUCGCAGGCCGCACUGCACACACACAUCCAUCCAUCCACACAUACAGCAACCUUCUGUCUAGGAAUCCAUCGAUGGAUCUCACCUGCGAAUGGCCCUCGCCCUCCAGGGCGUAUGGCCGUGUGUGUGCCGGGGUGCAGGGGUGCUGGCCCGGCAGGGUAGCUUGGCAUCCCGGGCGGCACCAUGCGAGCGCCCAUCGGAGGUGGGGGAUACGGCAAUCCACCAACAACCUGGAUGGAAAAAGGGAUGGAGACACACAGGGGGAAUGGAAGAUAAUGACCAUGCCAGACAGAGGCAUUUGUUCGUGUGCUGUGGCUGUUUGCUGUUACCUGAGGUGCGUAGCUGUAUGUGUGGGACAGCUGCUGACGGGCACUCUGACAAAUAAGAAGGAGGGCGAUGGAUCUUUAUACGAGAGGGAGGGGAUGCUGUGGGGGGUUUAUUCCUCACCUGGUCUAGUGGGAAUAUCUGCUGCUGCAGUUUCUGCUGGAUGGUUUCAGCCGUGCGGCAGUGCUCCGUGAAGUCCGUAGCCAAAGACGCCAAAGACUGCGGACAAACACACACACACAGAGAGACCGACACGUACACAAAGACGGACGCAUGGGUGUGGUUUCUGUCUGUGUAUGUGUGUGAACCUCAUUGAUGCGAUGCACGUCAGAGAGUUGGCUGUCGUGUUGCUGCGCCUUGGUGCGGAUCACCCCAGACACAUCCUCAUCCAAACCAUCUACCAUCUGCACACACACAAGAAUGGCACACAUGGCCGAUCAACAAUCGCUCAUGUCGUGUACGUCACCUCAAACAUCUCGGUCAGGCGCUCUUUCUGGCACCGCUCCGUGUCAUCCUGAAUGGCCUGCACAGGGGACGCACCAUCCACCCUCUCUCCCUGUGUGCUGUUGCUGCUGGCGAUGCAUCAGUCACCUUGACCUCCUUGAGUUGCUGCUCGAGUGUGUCUGAGCGGCGCCCCACAUCCUCCACCGACGAACGGAGACUCGCCGUCACGUGCUCUGCGUCAUCAUUGCAAACGGCACAACCGACAAGCGGACACAUGUAUGUGUUCGUGUAGGUGUGUGCUGUCAUGUGUACUGACCCGUGGCAGUCUUCAACUCGUCCAGCAGGUUCUCGUUGUGCACCAACAACUGCAGCAGGACACGACACCCACACACAAAUGGAGAUACUAUAUACAAACAUGGCGCUGUUGUGUGCAGCAGUGGGUACCUCGUGUAUCAUCUGCAGUUUGAGUUUGAACUCCCGGUCCUUCUCGGUGCUGUGCCGCACGCAACUCGUGAUGUCCGCAAACACACGACUCAGUUGCUGUGGGUCAACCCCACACACAAACAUAAACACAAAGACACAGACAUGCACGCACCCACAGGUGAAUGUCGGUUGCUGCCCUCACCUCCCGUAUUUCGUUGAUGUCGGCCUGCAUACGUUUCUGAAGGGCAACGCUAUUCCUGAAAGAACACAUACACCCAUACACAUCGGCGUGCCAUUGGGUGGUCUGUGAAUGGAUGGAUGGAUGGAUGGGGUGCCAUGUUGCACCGUUUGAAGUCACACAGCUCCGUGUUGUUGGUGUGGAUGGCCUGAACGACAUGCAUGGACACAAACGAAGACCCCCUCGCCCUUCGGCUCUUUUUCUCAUCUCAUGUGAGUGUGAGUGUGUACGUUUCGUAUGAUGGACAUUUCGGCCUGUAGCUGCUGCUGUGCGUGUCUGUCCCUGUUCUUGACCUCCGACACCCACUGAGCGAACGCCAACACCGUCACGUCCAUAUCGCUACUGCUACCACCCGUCAAACCUGCGCACACACACACACAUGCACGCGCAGUACACACCAAUGUUUCUGCAAAUCAUGUGAUCUGACGGACCGGACAGGGAAUACGCAUUGAGCAGGGAACUAUACCUGACAGAUAACACAACAAGAUACCAGCAACGCCAAGAUCUCCGCUUGCCAAGCCUGCUCAUCUCAUUUGCUGACCCAGGGAUGGGCGGAUAGCUGGAGGAUCCGAUGCCCACCCCAUCGGCGGAGGCCUUGCUCGUCUUGCGGCCCGCCCCGCUGCUCUGCGCCGUCACCGCCGUCAUGUUGGCGGGCAGACCGGUACCCAGCGAUGCGCUAUGGCCCAAUACACCCACUGAAUCACUAUCACCUGCACACACACACACGGAAGCGAUGCCUUGAGUUGCGGUCGGCAGAAGCCACGGCGUGUUGGAUCUCUGACCUCCUCUGUCUUUGGACGACUGGGCGCCGGCGGUCUUGCGCCCCUUCCCCACCUUCUCUGCCAUGGC